UAUCCUGUUCCAUUUCAAAUUUGCAAUAGUUUGCCAUACACACAGAGACACAUAUAAACAAUUUGUUAUUGUCCUUUAUGUAAUCGCUAUGUGAAUAUUCAUACAGUAAAUUUGUAAAAAAUAUUUUUAUAUUGUUAGUUGCGUGCUAAAUUUUCGAGUGUCUUUGUUAAGUAAUAUUAUAGAUGAAAAAUACUAAAAAUGUUAUUAAACGGAUAAAUAUCGAUAUGAGCAAUCCAAACAAAGAAGUAAUUAAAUAUCGGGGACAAUGCACGGCUGAAUAUUACAAUCAAUUUUUCAAUCCGAACCUUUGUCAUGUUUGCAAAUCGGUAGAUAAAGGCAAUUUGAUAUUAUGUGAUCAGUGUUGCUUGAUUUCGUAUUGUAGCGAGGAACAUAAAAUAAUACACCAUCCGUACCAUGAGAAAAUUUGCGCAAUUAUUGCACAGAUUGUGCAAGUGAAACCACAACAAGACACAUGCAAAUUCAGUGAUUGGCAACAAUGGGUCCAAUCAAGAAAACUAUUGAUGGAAUUAGUCCAAAACGAACUUGAUGACAAAAUGGAACCGUACGUGCAGCAUAUGAUCUUGUGGCCAAAGUCGUGUUAUAUAUGUCAUCAACAGGUUAAGCUGCAGGUUUGCCAAAGAUGCUUUUCCGCUAACUAUUGCGAUGAGCAUGCGAAUGUUUUCCGCAAAACACAUAAUGGGGUCAAAUGCGAUCGAUUAGUGUUAUUACUCAAUAUAGAUAUCGAAACUAUCUCUGAUAAUACAAAGAACAUAUCAUAUAAAUUCCUCCAGUUUGUUAAUGAAACAAGUUGUUUCAUAGAGAUGCUUGAGUUUUGUAUGGAAUAUAUACUGAUACGAAGAAGAAGAGAUAUAGAUUGGCUUGCCAAAGACUACGUUCGAUCUGAUUAUCUUUCAGGACCACUGACAGUCUAUUCUGGGUUUAAGAGAGCGCAAUUGUUUCAUAUUUUAAAACAAGAAUAUGUCGUUAUUCAUAUUAUAGCCUCAAAUUCCAUAAAGAGAGACAAUCUACCAGCUUGGGAAAUUUUGCUACAUCUUAUACCAGAAAUACGAAAAUUACAUAUUAUUAUGGUAGGAUCAGAAUUAACAGAUUAUUUCGGUCAACACAGCCUUUAUCGAAUUUGAUAAGGGAAAUUUAUGUGUAGCGUCUAUACGAGAAAUAGCAUUUCAAGAAUGUAUGUUAUGUUUAAGCGUUUCGUCCGAACAAGAAAUAAGAAUUGUCAAAAUGAAGAUAGAGAAAGCCGUAGGUAGAUAUGUAGUACCUUAUUUUAAUGAUAGAAAUUAUUUUAGUGGGCUCGCACCACAUAAAGACUUAAAGACUGGCGAUACAUAUUUUUGUAAUGAAUAUAUAAUUAUUUACUACGAUUUAUAUUAUGACGGUAGCGAAAAAGUAUCCAGCUCAUAUACAUAAUCAUACAAUUACAUUAGAAGCGUUAUCUUGAACACAUACAUAUUAUAUAUUGUUAUUAUAAAUAUCCUAUAAAAAAUUCAAUAAAGUUUAUCCACUUUUAUAAUUA